AUGGCGCCGAACAACAUCAAAGAAGCUGAAGAAGCAGUGAUCAAAGAAGAUCAAUGGAAUUAUCAUUAUACCAACACAACAGGCGCAGGAAGAAAGACGUUUUUUCAAUGUAAUAAAGCCAACAGAAGUAAAAGAAUUGUACAAGAAUUAUUUGAAUUAAAAUUGAAACUGAAAGCAAUAAUUGAAAUGCUUCAUGAACGUGCAAGUACAGUACCAAGUAUUCACCAAUUAAAUAGCUUUUUAAGAACCGUUAAGAGUACAGAACUUGGUUCAACUUCAAUUAGUCUUGGUAAAAAUGUACAAUGGUGCUUAGAAUCAAGUCAAUCAAUGCCAGAAUCAGAUGAUACUCCUUUUUUUGCAUCAUAUGAAAUUAUUUAUGAUAAGAUUUAUAUUUCGUAG